AUGGCGGACGUAAGAAGAUUUAUAGGGACAGUGAAGUGGUUCAGUGGGCAAAAAGGGUUCGGUUUCAUUGCUCCGGAUGAGGGUGGUGAUGAUCUUUUUGUGCACCAGACCGAGAUCCAGUCCGAUGGGUUCCGGACCCUACGGGAGGGUCAGAGGGUGGAGUUCAAGGUUGAUAGUAGAGAAGAUGGGCGAAUGAAAGCUGUUGAAGUAAUUAGUUUGGCAAGGAAUUAUAAUUCAGGUGGAAGACGUGGCGUUGGUUUCGGUAGGGGUGGUCGUAGAGGUGGGAGGUUCGGCGGUGGCUACGGUGGUGGUCCUGGUGAACGUGGAGGAGGUGAUGGAGUUGAGUGCUAUAAUUGUGGAAGAAUAGGUCACUUGGCAAGAGACUGUUAUGGAGAUGGUGGUAGCGGUAGUGGUGGUCGUGGUCGUGGUCGUGGUCGUGAAAGUGGUAGUGGAAAUAGGGGAUUUGGUGGUGGCCGCCUGAGAAAUAGUGGUGGUGGAGGGUGUUACAACUGUGGAGAAGAAGGGCACUAUGCAAGGGAUUGCCCAGCUCACCAAAUAUGA